ACCAAAACCAUGCCGGAUUGUAAAUGGAAUGAUCUCCUUGAAGUUAACAAUAAAGUUUAAGGUGUUUGCUGCUGUGGAGCUGAAGAUGGGUCGCUUUUAUGCUCAGGUUUUGUUGAUGCUGGUGAUGAUAGCACUGCCUGUAGUGGUACGGUGUUGCCCACGGCCAUGUGCCUGCCAGCAGCCCGCAGAGGUUCACUGCACGUUCCGCUCUUUACUCACGGUGCCUGCUGGCGUGCCCAAGCAGGUGGAGCGGAUGAAUUUGGGGUUUAAUACUAUACAUAGAAUAGCUUACAGCUCUUUUGCUGGGUUACGAAAACUGGAGCUUCUUUUAAUGCAUGGCAAUGAUGUGCAUCAAAUUCCUGAUGGAACAUUCCGUGACCUCAUAUCCCUUCAGAUGCUGAAACUAAGCUAUAAUAAACUGAAGGUAAUUAGCAGACAGACCUUUGUGGGUCUCUGGAGUCUCACUAGGUUGCACCUGGAUCACAACAGACUUGAGUUCAUCCACCCCAAUGCAUUCCAAGGCCUCAUGUCUCUUCGCCUUCUCCAACUGGAGGGCAAUCAACUUCAGCAGCUCCACCCAGCCACCUUCUCCACUUUCUCUAUUCUUGGACACUUCCCAGUUUCCACCCUGAAACACCUGUACCUGUCUGAUAAUUUACUGACCACUUUGUCACAGAGGAUGCUAGCAGGCAUGCCCUACCUGGAGAAUCUCUCCCUGCAUGGGAACCCUUGGACCUGUGACUGUCGCAUGAGGUGGUUCAAAGACUGGAAUAAAAAUUCACCAGGAGUGCUGAAAUGUAAAAAGGACAAAGCCUAUCCAGAUGGCCAGCUAUGCCCUAUGUGUUUUUCUUCAAAACAUCUAAAGAAGAAACAGCUCCAGGAGUUGGAGAAGCCCACUUGCAAUAGUCCCAUCAUCAGCACGGCUCACAGAGCCAUUUCCCCAGAGGACACAGAAAGUGACCUCUUGACGAUUGAUGAAUUUCGUCAACCCCUUGGCAACAUUUCCCUGGGCCUGUCAGAUGAACAUGGACAUCAAGUAGACUUGGAAUGCCUUGUCACUGAGCCAAGAGAGCUGACUAGCAUAGGCUGGGACUAUGUUAACCAGUAUCAAAUAUCAGCAAAUGUGACUCUGACGUUAGAUUUAAAGUGUGCAACUGACAGGUCCAGUUAUGAGAGGUUGUGGAGAUUGAUUGCAUAUUACAGUGAUGUUCCAGCCCACCUUCGAAGAGAAAUUAUGUUGAGUAAGGAAGCUUACACAAGCUUCAGAUAUCGGCAAGAUGUUGAAAGGGAUGCUCUUUACUAUACAGGAGUAAAAGCUAACAUAGCAGCUGACCCACCCUGGAUAAUGCAGUCAUCAAUGGACCUUCAGCUAAACAGACUUCAGUCUACAAGUAAAACUGUUCGACUAAUUCUAAGCACCCAUAUGACUGAGGUUAUGGAAAAGGAAUCUAUAAGAGAGCAGAGUAGGGGCUGGGUUGUAAUUGAGUCCAAGAAUGACACUAGAACGAUGCAGGCUGCUGUCGUGAGAAGUCCUGCUGAGAUAAACUGUUCCAUACAAAGCUCAGGGAACGAAUCAGUUAAAUGGAUGCUACCAGAUGGCUCUACUUUAAAAACACCUUAUAGCGAUGGUGAUAACAGGCUUUCAGCAUCAAAUGCUGGUCUUCUUAAAAUCAAGUCUGUGGAUCAUUCUGAUUCAGGAGUGUACUACUGUAUUGCACAGGUUUCAGAUGACCUUACUAUCCUCCCUUUUCGCCUAACAGUGGAGGAAUCCUCCAGUCCACCUCCUGGAGGUGAAGGAGUAACAGAGCCAGUUACAGGAUUCACAGGUGGACCUUUUUUCCUUCCAUGUGUUGCCACCGGAUCCCCUGAUGCUGAAAUACACUGGAUUCUCCCUGAUGGUAGUAUUAUAAACAAGUGGGUAAACAUUUCCAGGAUAUUUGUGGCUUCAAAUGGAUCUCUGAUCAUUCGACACAGUCAGCUUUCAGACAAUGGAUACUAUAAGUGUGUAGCAGGAAAUCAGCAUGGGAUGGAUACUUUGGCCAGAAAAGUAAUAAUAUCAAGGCCACCAGGUUUACUCCCAUUAAGGAAGUACUCUAGUAGCCCUCAACCUGCUGAGGGAGUUUCAACCCAAGUCCUUGUGACAAACGACAUGGAGUCUUCUGGGGAUAAUGAACCUGAAGAGUUUUUAGAGAAAGUGCUUCCUAGGCAAGUGGAUUUACCCAAUCGGCGGCGGGUCCCAAGUGUGGGAAUAAGGAGAGGCCAUCCAUUUAGGAACUCUUGGAGACGCCCUGCCACACCAAGGAGGAGAGUAGGUAGCCCAGUAGUGGAUAGGGUUAACACUGUAGAGUCAAGAAGAAACAUUAGUGUGUCAAACAACCAAAUAGACCCAAAGCGCUGGGCUAGCAUUUUGGCGAAAGUUCGCAGUGGUGGAACUAGUUUAAAAACAACUACUCCAAACUAUGUCCAGACCAGUUCAAACAAAAUACAGGAGUCAGAGACUGCCUACACAAAGCAGUCAGAAAUUGCUAACAAGAUUGAAGGAUCAUCUGCAGAAGAUACAACAAUAGAGGGCACCAGGGCACCAGUAAAGGAUGCGUUGUACUCAGUCACAAUGUCACAGAUGCCCACUGAGUCUACAGAGUACAACUUGGAUAUAAGAGCUCUGGAUUCUGAGGAUUCGAGACAUGUUGUCUACCAGAUAGCUGCUCCUGAAACAGAUCCAAAUUCAGAUUUGUUUACAGUUAGCACAUAUAUCACACAACCCACAGUUGGACCACAGAUGACCCAUUUUACUUUGGGAGAUUCAGAGGUUGCAGAAGGAGUUGCAGUGAGCACUGUGUGGAGCACAGCAUCAUAUGGAACCCAUUUACAGGAAAACCAAAGCCACACAAUGGAUGGUGGCAGGGUAACUGAAGCAAUUCAAAAGUCUGAUGGCGAAGAUGACGAAGAACGCAGGGUUUUGCAAAACCCUGAGCUUGUGGGAGAGGUUUAUCAGGGAAGGAUGGAUCACAGCUUAGCAUCGACCACAGCAAAAACCUUCACAGAACCAAAUACAGAAACUGCUGUGUACUCUUUUACUGAAAUUCUUACUACAAUUAAGCAAGGACCACAGACCCUACGAAAGCACAUAACUCAGAAGAAACAUAAUGUCUCAAAAAUUCCACUGCUUCUCACCGUGACACCAACCACCAAACCCACUUCAGGACAUAAAGCAACCUUCACUAAUUCAUUUAAUGCUUCUUCCUCACAUGCUAGGAACUCAUCCAGUUUGAGGAGGAGGAAUGGUGGAAGAGGACGAAAGUCUAAUCGAAUUAGAAGUAAGACAAACAGUUCUAAAUCAUCAGUAUAUGUCACAAAUGUCACCCCACAGCCCACUUCAGCUUCAAUUGUGGAGGUUACAAAUUGGUUUUCAGUCAUUACUAAGACAACUGCCUCCUCUCAAACUAAAAUAGAAACAUCUUCAUGGGCCAAAAGUGCAGGAGCCAAAAUGAAUAUUACUGUUCCAUUAACUGACAGCCAACCACCGUCACUAGGCAAAAUGACUCAUGAAGAGAACACAGAUCCAUUAUACAGUGGCAGGAAUAACAAAAUCCAUACAUCCACAUCCCAAGAAAAUGUAUCUAUGACAAAGGAUAGACACUCAUCUGAUUCUAAGCCAGCUCAAGAACUUAAAAACACUGCAAUAGUACCAGUGUCUCCAUCAAUAUUCAGUAAUUUUGGUAGAGAACAAGAAAAGGCAACUAUACAGAAAGAAAACAAAUCCAAUUUGUCCCCCCAUAUUACAAAUCCUCCUGUGAAGGCAGACAUCCAUGAGUGGUUUACAAGCAUUCAUACCCCUGCAGCUAAAAAGUUUGAAGAGACUCAACAGGGAAAAAUUACAAGAGAGCCCAGCUCGAUCCCAACAUCAGACAGCUCUCAUGCACAAUUAGAGGAACUUCCAGGUGCAAGUCCAGAUAAAACAAACAACCAAUAUAACCCCACAGAGACUGAAAACAUUCUGUCAUACAAAGAGCUUGAAGGAAGGUUUUCUGUGAGGCAAUUCACUUCAUCUUCCCCAAACAUCCAGAAGGAAUUUCUUAAAAAUAAUUUGGAAAUCCAACAUGGUUCAGCACCAGCAGCCACUACAAUUUUUGAGGGGGCACAACAGAGUUCACGGGUUCCAACAGGCAGCCCCAAAAUCUCUCCAGUAUUAGUGCUUGCAACAACAAACCCAAGCAGGCUUCCAACUGGCAGCAUUCACAACAGAGAAGAUUCUUCUUUAUCCAUGAAUCCUUGGGCUCCAUCAGAAAAUGCUGAUCUACCUCCAGUUACAAAAGAAAACAUUAUUGCCACAACAACUACAACAGCUCUGAAAUCUUCUACAGUACAUACCCAUAUGUUUUACCCAAAUACACCCACGUCUGCAAGCAUGCUAGGUGAACUAGACAAUGCUAAUCACAUUCCUGACAGUGACAAAUACAUAUUUGUAACCACAGGCAAAGAAAUUAUUAGUAAGAUAGAACUUAGCAGAACAAAUAGCAGGGCAGGACCUCCAGUCACAGUUCCUUAUCAAUUAGCCAGUGUUUCUGAGGAAACAGUAUCUCAAGAAUUAGAGGUAGACAUACACAAAAAGACCACUACAAAAACAGCCACGACUCAACCACUUCACUCAACUUCAACAGUAUCUUCACCCAAGCAAAAACCUCCGGGUAGGCCAGGUGUUCAGGGUAGAGGAAGCUCUUUGAUACAUUAUGCCACAUCAGGAGGACCUCAACAAAGACCAACAGCAGUGCCCGAGGGUAGUGGCAAACCUUGGAUCAUCAGCACAGACAUUAUAUCAGUAACAGCACAUGCUGAGACUGAUGCCUAUUUGCCUUGUGUGGCUGUGGGGAAACCCAGUCCCUUCAUUUCAUGGACUAAAGUAUCCACAGGGGCAAGUGUAACACAGAAUACCAGGGUUCAAAGAUUUGAGGUCUCCUCUAAUGGUACACUCAUAAUCCACAAUGUACUUCCUUUGGACCAGGGCCAGUACCUCUGCAGUGCCCAAAACCAGUAUGGAGAGGAUAAAAUUGUGGUUAAUUUAAUUGUUCUGGCUGAACACCCCAGAGUGCUGCAGCCUCGCUAUAGUGAAGUCACAGCAUACCUUGGAGAAACUGUUCAGUUUGAGUGUCAGUCCCAAGCGCAUCCUCAGCCUCGGAUCACCUGGGUCCUACCAGACAGGGGAAUGGUACAUUCUAGUGGACCUACUCAUGCCAAUCCAGAAAACAAUGUCUCAGUCUUACCUAAUGGCACGCUUCACAUGAAAUCGGUUAGUCACAUGUAUCGAGGAAUUUACAAAUGCAUUGCAAGCAAUGCAGCGGGUGCUGAUACCAUAUCUGUUCGGCUGACUAUUGCGGCCUUGCCACCCAUCAUUCAGCAACCAAGACAUGAGAAUGUCACUCUUCCAGAGGGAAGCACUACCUACUUGAAUUGCACUGCCAGGGGUGCCCCUCCGCCUUCCAUUGGCUGGAUUACCCCUGGUGGAAUGCAGCUCCAUCCAUCACAGUUCAUCAAUGGACGUAACUUGUUUGUAUUCCCAAAUGGGACACUCUAUGUUCAUAGUCUCUUUCUGACAGAUGCAGGGAGGUAUGAAUGCUCAGUAACCAAUGUGGUUGGCACUGCACGGAGGACCAUUAUUUUGACUGUAGGAAAGUCCAUAAUAUACUCAAGAGCCAAGAUUACAUUCUCUUCACCUCAAAAAACAGAUGUGGUCUAUGGAAGCAGGUUGCACCUGGACUGUAUUGCAUCAGGGAAUCCAGAACCCAGGAUCAUCUGGAGGACUCCAUCGAAAAAACUUGUGGAUGCUCACUACAGUUAUGAUCAAAGGAUAAAAGUGUCUGCCAACGGUACACUAUCCAUCGUAUCUGUGACAGAGAAAGAUGAUGGUGAAUACCUCUGUGUUGUCCGCAACAAAUUCGGGGAUGAUUUUGUGCCCUUUAAGGUCAUCGUCCUGGCAAAACCUGCUAAAAUUGAGCAGAAGACAGAGUCUGAUAAGAAGGUGAUGUAUGGAGGAAACCUAAAAGUUGACUGUGUGGCCUCUGGACUACCCGACCCCAAAAUCCAGUGGGCACUGCCUGAUGGCACCAUGAUCAACAGUGUCAUGAAGUCUGAACGUAAUGUUGGCAGUCGAAGUCGCAGGUAUGUUGUCUUCGACAAUGGAACCCUCUUCUUCAAUGAAGUAGGGAUGCGUGAAGAGGGCCACUAUACUUGUUAUGCUGAGAACCAGGUUGGAAAAGAUGAGAUGAAAGUGCAUGUAAAAGUAGUUGCAGAUGUCCCUGUGAUUGCUAAUAAGACAAAUGAUGUAAUCAGGGUCCUGUACGGAGAAUCCAUCUCUCUGCAAUGCAGUGCCAAGGGUGAGCCAACUCCUCUUAUAUUGUGGUUUUCACCCACGAAUAGAGCCAUAACUUCAGGUUCAGACAAAUAUUUUAUACACGAUAAUGGGACUCUAGUCAUUCAGAAAGUUCAGCGAUUCGAUGGUGGGAACUAUAUAUGUCUUGCCAGGAACAGUGCAGGGCAGGAUCGCAAAGUGACCAGAGUAGAAAUCCUUGUCUCUCCACCUGCGAUUAAUGGCCUCAUAGGUACCACAAACUCAAUGAGGGUUUCUAGUGUGGGAGAUCAGCGGAAACUGAUUGACUGUGAAACCACUGGUACCCCUGUUCCACGUGUCAUGUGGGUUCUUCCAGAAAAUGUUGUACUCCCUGCACCAUAUUAUGGCAGUCGAUUGACAGUACAUCGCAAUGGCACUUUGGAUAUCCGUUCAGUGAGAAUGACCGAUGCAGGCCAGUUAGCCUGCGUUGCUCGUAAUGAGGGAGGCGAAACAAGGCUUGUUGUUCAGCUUGGUGUAACAGAUAUUUUAGAGAAGCCAAAACUUAAGAGUCCUAAAAUGGAGUCACUCUUACUGACUGUAGGCAGGACCAUUAAUCUUAACUGUUCAAUUGAUGGGUCACCAACCCCACAGCUGACUUGGAUCCUUCUAAAUGGCUCUCCACUACAGAGUGGUGCACAAUUCAGUAAAUUCCUCCACAAGUCCGAUGGAACUUUGGUCAUUAGUAAUCCUGCUCUCUCAGAAGCAGGCACAUAUCGUUGUUUGGGACGCAAUGCUGCUGGAAUGGUUGAAAGAACUGUUACAUUAAUGCCAGGACACAAGCCAGAAAUCAAUAACAGGUAUAACUCACCUGUUAGUAUCAUGAAUGGGCAGAGUUUACAUCUGCACUGCUUGACAAACACUGACUCUGUCCGCCUCGCCUGGACCCUGCCGAGCGGGAUGGUCUUAAACCGACCUCAAAGAGCAGGUCGUUAUGCUGUCCUACCCAAUGGAACCCUUUCAAUCCAACAAGCCUCUGUCCAUGACAGAGGCUCAUACACCUGCAGGGCCUCAAAUGAAUAUGGAAGCUCCCUACUAACUGCCCCAGUCAUCAUCAUUGCAUAUCCACCCCGCAUUACAAGUGGUCCAGCUCCUGCCACCAAUGCUAAAAGAGGAGUAGCAGUACAACUCAACUGUGGGGCCAUGAGUAUUCCCAAAGCAGAAGUUGCAUGGGAGACCCCAGACCGAACACGGCUUAUUGUCAGCCCCCAGCCACGGCUGAUUGGGAACAAGUACCUCCAUCCUCAGGGUUCCUUAAUCAUUCAGAAUCCUACAAUAAGAGAUACUGGAUUAUACAGAUGCACAGCCAGAAAUGUGGUAGGGGUUGACACAAAAAGUACAUACCUUUAUGUGUACUAAGAAACACAAGAGAUCUACUCUUCAUAUGCCCAAGGAACUGCGACGUUGAGCUGUAACACAGCUUAAUAGCAAUAGCAUUUGCCAAUGUGAAAUAUAGAAAGGAAUCAGCCCAAAGCAAAUACAUUACAUAUUUUAUUAAAGUUUGCAAGUAAACCAUUGUGAAAUGUAAAAAGGUACCAUCCUUCAAAAGCUUGGAAUGUAUUUCAUGUAAUGUAACCAACCUACUGAUAUUACAAGGCAUCUUUCUGCUUUUACUGUUUGACAAUGACAGUUUAUGUCUAAAUGUAUAGAUGAAAUAAAAGAUAUAUAUUUGUAGCCAUGAAGAAAAAUAUAAAUGAUAUAUUCUGACUCCCAAAGCCAAUAAUUCAGAAUAUUUCAUAAA